AUGCCCAGUGCGCCACAUGCACCUGAGGAUUCAACCCAUAACGGGAGUGAUCCCGGAGUCUUUACCACAAAUGCAGGACGCGACAGCAAGAGGAACGCGUCCAUGGCCUGUCAAGGCUGCAAACUCUCGAAAAGAAAGUGCAAUGGACUCCUACCAUGUUCGAAUUGCUUAGCAACCCACAAGAUAUGCAACUACGACCCGUCACAGGAUGGGCGGAGGAAACAAGGUCGCAAACGGAGGCUUGAUGAACUCGAGCUGCGCAGUCAGGCUCUAGACAAGCUACUGAGCAGCCUGAAGAGCUCAUCAAGCUCCGAGGCAGCACAACUGCUCGAGCUCAUCAAAGGAGAUGCUUCUCUGGAAGAGAUCGUUCGGUUCCUCGACCGUCAUCCAGGCAAACUUGCAGACGAGGCUCGAGCCACGCUUUCUCCAAGCCCACCUCUGGGCAGCCAACAACGCCGCAUGUUGACUCUGACCGAACUCACCGAUAACCCAACAUAUAAGGUUACAGCAGCUCCUUGGACCACGGUUACCGAGGAUGACUUCUUUGUCUCCCAUCUGCUGUCGGCGUACCUGUCUUGGUAUCAUUGGUACUACCACAACUUUGACGAGCGGCUCUUUCUUGGUGCAAUGGCAGCUGGCGACCUCGGCUCGAUCUAUUGUUCCCCUUUUUUGGUCAACGCGGUUCUAGGAAUGGGUUGCAUGUUCUCGGACCAUCCAGCUGUCUUUGCUACACCUGGGGACCUGAGUUCUCGAGGCCUCCAGUUCUACAACGAGGCUUACCGGCUUUGGAUGCUUGAGGAGGGAAAACCGUCACUGACGAAUAUCCAGGGCUUCACCCUCAUGACUAUGAUGUAG